AUGACCGACAGAAAACCCAUCCUUAUCGCUGGUGCGGGCAUCGCCUCCCUCUUAUUAGCACAGUCGCUGAGGCUCUCCGGUAUUCCCUACAGGGUCUUUGAACGAGAUGCUUCAUUUGUUUUUCGUGCUCAGGGUUACCGGCUUCGCUUAUCUUCUGAAGGCUUGAAUGCCAUCCAGGCCGUCUUGGAUCCCGAGACUUGGCAGCGAUUCUGGGACACCUGUGGCAAGACGGGCGGGCUCGGAUUUGCAUCGUUUAACGCCGUGACCGGAGAGCAGAUCGAGCAUCACUUGGUCCCACCGGCGCUAGUAUCGCGACAGGGAGGAGGCAAAACGAUUGGGAUUUCCAGGAGUGACAUGCGAAAAAUAUUUGCCCAAGGUUGCGAGGACAACAUUGAGUGGGGCAAGCAUGGGAUGGGCUAUGAAGUCACUGAAGACGGGGUACAAGCCAUCUUUGCGGAUGGGACUAGGUCUGUCGAAGGCCCCUUGCUAGUUGGCGGAGAAGGGAUUUACUCCAAGGUUUCCAAGCAACUUUCAGAAGGGAAGCUGAAGGUCUAUGACACAGGCGCGAGAGGGACUCACGGGCAGACGCCGAGCGCAUCCUUCAAAGGCCUCGGCGAGGGAGUCUUUCGGUUGCUGGACGAUACACGCCCAGAAGGGUCUGUUUUCGUCAUUACGAACGUCCGCCCUGAAGAGAUGGAUGAUCCAAGCGUCUCUUUCGGCUGGACUAUGGGUGGUCACCCCGGCGUAAUUCGGGCUCCAAAUGAUGACUACACCAUCGUGGGCAGGACGGCAGCAGACAUCGCCAAAUCUCUGACACAGAAGUGGCACCCUCGCUUUAGACCGCUAUUCGAAGACAUGAACGAGUCUGAGACCGCAUUUUGGAAGAUCACCUGUUCAACACCCUCAGGUGUUCCUGACUGGCCAAACCAACCACGCGUCACCGUCAUUGGUGACUCUGUUCAUUCCAUGACUCCAGCUGGUGGCAUCGGUGCCAACACUGUUGUAAGAGACUCUGCACUAAUUGGUCGUCUCUUGCGUGAAGCUGGCGGAUACAAGGCAGAAAGCCAACCACCCACAACCACCACCAACAACACUGUCGAUACCACCGCAAGGAGGGGUAACUGCACGUUGUGA